AUGUACUCCACUGUAUGGUGUCGGAUAUUUCAAUAUCUUGGCAGUCUGUGGGCCCACGCCAAAAUCCACGAUCCAAACGCUGAGCGACUCCGAUGCCCAUUUCCUAGCUGCGAAUUCUCAACCAUUUAUGCGUGGUCCUUGAAGGAGCAUGUGACAGUACUGCACGACCCAAACGCUGAGAAAUUCCAUUGUCCAGUUUUAGAGUGUGGGUUUACGAGCAAGUACCGAGGUAGUCUCAGAAAGCAUUUGAAGAUACAUGAUCCAGAUGCGAGGAGGUUUGCUUGUCCGGUGGCAGGGUGUGACCUUACGACCAUUCACAAGAGAAACCUUAGGGUGCAUAUGAUGAGGGCUCAUCGCGGCGUUUCUGUCACCACCACCACUACCACCGCCAAUACCACUGCAUUGGCUGCGAGUACUACUACUGAGGGCCUUGAGGACGACUCGGACGAUGGUGAUGAUAUCGAUGAUCAUUGGCUUGAACCCGGUCUCGAGCGUUUUCGAAUAAUCGAAGGGCCGGAGGAUCUCAAACUUCCUCCCCUAAGGAUCAGGCGAGACUAA